AUGGAUAUACUGCCUGUACAAACCUUGAUGUCUGUCAUGUUCUGGCUUUUGCAGGUGUACUGGAACUCCCUGUCCAGGACCUACUGGGUGCACUGGCACAUGAUUGAAAUUCUGGGCAACGGCAGCGGAGGACAGGCGGAGAAAGAGACUCAGGAGAAGGCCUCGUCCCUCACAGAGACACUCAAACUCACUACUGUGAGUCAGACGUUCUUCUCAAAGCCCCCUGGUGGGCUGUACUCAUUGCCUUACCUGAUGGAGGGCUCUCAGGAUGACACAGGCACCCUGAGCCGUGCUGAAUGGUGGGAAGUGCUGUUUUUCAUCAAGAAGUUGGAACCCAAGCAGCAGCAGGAGAUCAACAACAUCCUGCGACAGAGCCUCGAUGAGCCG